UCAUGUACUGUCUCAGUCAAACGAGUCAGUUUGCCCUCUACUGUAUUGUUCAGUGUCACAAAGCACCACUGUCACCUGACAUGGGGCCGAAGGAAGUUGGAAGUGCCAGCAAUUGGAUAAGAAGGAAGCUUUACCCAAGGACGGAGAUGGUUCCCGUUAAAAUCCUCAUACUGGGCAGUCCAAGCACAGGAAAAACAGCCUUGUGUGUCCGCUUCAUGACCAAGCGGUUCAUUGGCGAGUAUGACAACAAGAAGGAUAUGACAUACAGAUGCUGCCGACUCGUGGACCAGGAAGCUGUGGACUUGGAGAUCUUGGAUACAGCUUGUAAGGAGAGCUGUGCGUCUUCACUGGAGGCCUACAUCCGCUGGGCUGAUGGUUUCCUGCUUCUCUACUCCAUCACGCACCGCCACAGCUUCCUGGAGGUCCAGCGUCUCAAGAGACUCAUUGACCAAACCAAACAGAGUCUGGUCGUCCCCACAGUUCUUGUAGCCAAUAAAGCAGACUUGGAAAGUGGCAGGGAGGUGACAACAGAGGAAGGACAGAGACUGGCUAAUGAUUUAAGGUGUGGUUUCAGGGAACUGUCAGUGGCUGAUGCUGUGUUAGCUGUGGAAGCAGCCAUGUUUCAGCUCAUCAGACGGGUGUUGGACCAGCAACGGCCUCUGCCUGACCGCCGUUCCUACAUGCUGACCGUGCGUCACGCUCUAACCAAGAAGCUGACCCGCUCUAAAACCAUGCAGUGGUGACCUCAACAUGCUCAUCACGGUGUUGAUGAGCGUUGUAUAUUGUGCACUCAUUGGUAUUAAAACAGAAAAUUACAGAUUUAGUUGGAUCCUUGUUUAUAUUUGAAAUAUUUUCAUAGUUAAGAGCAUAGAAAACAUGUUUACGACUUUGUGUAUAUGGUUUUAACAUCAUUAGAGCCCUUUAGACAUGAAAUAGCACCCCUAUAGCCACCUUUACACUUGUAUUAUCUCAUAUAGGAGACGUAAGACAUGUGCCUGUGUGUGUUGUUGUAAAAUGUGUUCCGGCAGACAGGAAGUGACUUUGGGGGUUCAGAGUUGAGUUUUUAGCUCUGUGUGGGCCGCCUGUAUAUAGGGAUUAGUGAAGCCGCAGACUUUGAAGGAUGAAGUAGUGAGGAAUAACUGUAUACAACUAUUACAUCAUUCAUUGGGGUUUGACAACAUCAAAAAGGCAGUGGCCAUAAUCUUGUUUGCUUACAAAGUCAAGAGUGGGUGAAUUGCUCCAAAUAUCAAAACAAAGGGUAGUAUCUGUAUUGAAUUGAUAGCAGUGUGAUCAGAUCAAUAUUUUUCAGUUCUCGUCAAUGUUUAUUUUCACAAAUAGGUGUUUUGUUGUUGAUAUUGUAAUAUCCAUGUAUUGUUUACAAACUCCACACAUCUAGUCUUUUGACAAAUGGGGCUAUUGGGGGAUUUGAACGUAGUAGUUUUGGCUUUUGUUAUUUUACAACAUUAUGAAAUGAGUUAAAAAAUGUCAAGUACAACGUAUCGGAAACACCGGUAGAAUUUGGUAUCAAAUCGAUACCAAAGUGGACUGGCAUGCUUGCUUUAGCUUGCAAUAGCACAACACCCCCAGUAGAUGGCGUUGUGCACUGUUAUUAAAAGCCUGACUUUUUUUGACACUGAUGUUAACUUGAUCACAGUGUAAUCACAACGCAAUCAUUCAAAAGAAUGAGUCAGGGCUUUGAUAACAGCCUUCUCCCACUUCUUAAGGAAAAGAAAAGCCACAAAAAUGAAAUAAACUAUAACUGAGAGGGAAACUUUAUCAAAAACUGCUUAUUUGUGCUGAGGAAAAAGAACCACCAGCAAAUCGCAAUCCACCUCGAAAUGUCAAAGGAAAUGUGGAGGUUUUAGUAUACACAUAUAAAGCUAAUGUACCACCGGUACCUUCCAGCAGCUGUGAAAUGAAAGACAGUCAUGUGAGUGGAUUAAUGGCCAUGACAUCAGUGGUCACCUAGGAGACAAAAGGUCAAAACCUACUCUUUUGUCUUAGAAUAGACCAUGAGUCAUACGUGCAUCAUUACACACACAGCCAAUCACUCAAUUCCUGAUCAUAAAUCAGGAAGUAACAGCCAAUCAGGAAGGUUGACAUCCAUCCAUCCAUCCAUCCAGUAAAGGACACACCUACGAUGAUGAGAAUAAAACCACAGAAUACCGAUUCCUCUAAGC